AUGGCUUUGGAAAUGGAGAUUAAGGAUUUAAUAGUGUUCAGUGACUCCGAUUUGCUCGUGCAUCAGACUCUUAAAGAGUGGAUCACUCGGGAUUCAAAGAUCGUGCCUUAUCAUUGUAGUUUAUUGAAUUUGGCAAACAAAUUUAGGAGUUUGGAGUUCAGGCAUAUUCCACGUGCCAGAAAUGUCUUCGCCGAUGCUUUGGCCACCUUAUCUUCGAUGAUUCAACAUCCAGACGAGUUGGUAAUUGAACCUAUCCACAUUCACUUGCAAGAAAAACCUGCUCAUUGCCUAGUUGUGGAAAAAUCCCCCGAUGGCCGUCCCUGGUACAGUGACAUUAAGGAAUUUCUCAAAACAGGGUCCUACCCUCCUGAGGCCGAUAUGACUGCCAAAAGCUUCUUGCGUAGAUUAUCAUCUAAAUUCUUCUUGAAUGGAGAAGUGGUAUACAAAAGAACGUCAGAUUUGGGCCUUCUGAGGUGUGUUGAUGAGGACGAAGCAGAAUACUUGAUGAAAGAACUACAUAGUGGAGUAUGUGGAUCACAUAUGAAUGGCCACUUGUUAGCAAAGAAGAUCAUGAGGACCGGAUAUUUUUGGCUUACCAUGGAGCAUGAUUGUGUAGUUUUUGUUAGGAAGUGCAUCAAAUGUCAUUGCACGGAGAUGUUAUGCACACUCCCCCACAGAAUUGCACAGUAUGACUGCUCUUGGCCAUGUUCAAUAUGGGCAUGGAUGUGA